CAAGUAAUAGGCAGCAAGAAAGCGGUGGUGUCAUAAUUUUUUGAUACGGAACAAGUUAUAUUUGGUAUAACAUAAUAAGUGAACAAAUAUUUUAUAUUUAUUGCAUAAAGAGGAUUGUGUUGGUCAUUCUUUGGAAAAUAAAAAAGUACUUUAUUAUAGAAUAAGAUGAGAAGGAAAAGUGCAAGAAAUUCUUCAGCAUCUAAAGCUUCUCCGGAGAAGAAAGAAGAGAAGACACCAAAGAAAACAAGACGUCAAUCUAGAAGAAAGAAGCAAUCAUCAACAUCUGAGAGUGACUCUGAUGAAGAUAUUAAGCAGGAAAUCCCAUGUGCAAAGAUAAUUGAAAAAGAAGAUCAAGGUGAUGGACUAAAAAUUAAGAUCAGUGUUUCAACUCCGGAACGCACUAGCCGCCGUUUAAGGAACAAAGCUGUUGAAGACGAGAUUAUUCAGGAAACAGAAAAGCCUUCUCGCAGGAGUAGACGUCGUGGCGCGUCACCGAAGAACGAAGAAACAGAAGAAGGGGUAGAGAAGAAGGGUAAAGGUAAGUCUAAAGGUAAACAUAAAUCAAAGUUUGAGCAAAGUCCGCAAGUUGAUGAACCCGAAAUACAGAGUGGCCUUUCUGAAAAUGUACAGGUGACGGCUCAGUCACCACUAACUGAUAAUAAUGAUGAGGAUAAUAUUGACAAUUUGAACCAGACGACCAAUGAUGAUAAGACAAUUAAGGACGAUGUUCGUGUUCGCGAUGAGACGGUUGAUAAUACUAAAAAUAAUAGCAACCAAAAUAUAUUACUAACUGUAAAAGAGAAUGAAAUUAGUGAUCCAGUUAAAACUUCAGAAAUUCAAAAAGAAAGUGAGAUUGUUCAGCAAGAAAGCUCAGAAUUAAAUGAAUCAAAAGCAACCAAUUCUGAAGAAAAUAGCAACAAUCAGUCUAUAGAAACACAAGAAACUGAUUUAAAAUCUACAGACACUCAGAAAUUAAUUAAAGAUAAUGCUAUUGAAAGUCAAGAGGUGACAGAAAGUGCUAAUAUUAGUGAAACUGAAGUAAUUGAGCAUAUGGAAGUGAAAGAAGAUAUUGAGAAAAAGAUGUGCAAGGACACAAAAAUUGAAGAGUUGAAAAUGUCUGCAGAUGAUAAUGGAAGCAGCCAUCAGAAAUGUGAAAUCAAAGUUGAGGAAAAACUCAUUGACUCUGAUAACAAAUUAAAUACAAUGGUUUUAUUACAUAAUGAAGUGCCUUUAAAAAAUGAGUAUAUAGCUGAGCAAAAAACAGAACCUGAAAUUGUGAUUGAUUCAAAAGUCAAUUUAAAAGGUGAAUUAAUUGAAAAUAAUGAGACAAUUAAAGAUGAAAAGAAUUUGAAAAAUGAAGUUAUUAAGGGAGAAACCAUUGAACAAAAUGAAAUAAAUAAUGAAGAAAACGAUAACAAACAUCAGAUGUUUGCAGAUGAAAACAUUGAGAGACCUGAAAUCAUUAAAGAUGAAGAUAAGAAGAUAAAUGAAAUAGUGAAAGCAGAAUCCGAAGUUUCUGAAAUGAUUAAAAGAGAAGACUCAGACAAAUUUAAACUUAUAUCUAAUGAAGGAAAUGUUAAAAGUGAAGUAGUUAAAAAUGAGGAGAUUCAUGAAACACUCAAAGAAGAUCUUCUUGAGAAACCUGUUUUAAGAAAUGAAAUUGUAAUCAAUGCUGAGAAAAUUGUAGAACCUGAAAGAAAAGUAAAUAUUCAAGAACAAGUAGAAUCAACAGAAGAAGUUAUAUCACAAACUGAACAACGUGAAUGCGAGAACAUUGAAAUGCAGCAGGAACUUGAGGGUGAACAAAUCAAAGACGCAGAUAUUUCUGAAAUCGAACGAGAAUUAGACAACAAUCCAUCAGAAUUAGAUAAAAAAUGUCUGCCAAAGGAUGCCGAUAUUAAUACAAACGAAAAACGUAUAAAAUCCAUGAAAUGGGGUAAAUCAAAUAUUGCUUUGAAUAGUUUUCCUGAUAUUUUACCAAUUACUUUGGAAAAAAUCCAUUUGAUUUAUCCUGAUUUGGUACUACUUAAUGAGACCGAUGUUAAAUUGGAAACGGUAAAUACACAACGGAAACGAUCUUCCUCGAUGAAAGUGGACUGCACCCCGGAAAUCAAACGAUCAGAGAGGAAAGUGUCUAUGGAUACAUUCGACGAAGAGGAAUCACAAAUUAAAAUUGAUACUGAUGCAGAAAAGGCUACAGUAGACAAUAUAAUUGCAAUGAAUAGAAAAAUUUCAAUCGUGGAUGACGAUGCUAGUAAAUUAAAACCUCCACCGAGUCCUGCAAAAAAUGAAAAGUCUGAAGUACUCUUUAUUACAAAUCUUGUGCGGCCGUUUACGCUUAAGCAACUUAAAGAGCUAUUGGAAAGGACAGGCACCAUUAAAGAAGACGGUUUUUGGACGGAUAGAAUCAAAUCAAAGUGUUACGUCCACUAUCAAACCGUAGAGGAAGCUGAGAAUACAAGAAAUGCUCUGCAUGGGGUGCAUUGGCCUAUCGGAAAUGGCAAAAAACUAAUAAUUGAUUAUUCUACGCCGGAAAACUUGAAUGAUGCCAGAAAUCCACCAGUUAUAAUACCAGCACCUGUCGCUGUCUCCAUUGCGGAUAUCUCGGAGAAAGAAAAUAAGUUAAAUGAACAAGAUGGAGCAUUAAAGACAGCUCGAUCAGAAAAAUCCUUAGACGAUAAAACAAAGGAUAAUACAAUCACAAGUGGAAGGAAUGUUUGGGAAAUUGAGACGGAAAAACAAGAUGAUAAUACCGAGACGCGUGGUAGGAGCAAGGAAAAACAAGAGAAACGUCGUUAUUCGCGAUCACGACAUUCAAGAUCUCCAUCAUCAGAAUAUACUAAGAAAAAACAAAAGAAGGUAGAUGAAGAAAUUGUACCUCAAAGAGCAAUGGAUGACCUAUUUAGGAAAACGGAAGCUACCCCUUGCGUUUAUUGGCAACCUUUAAGCCCUGAAGAGAUUGCUUUAAAACAACAACAACGAUUAGAACGUAUGGCAGAACAUAAGAGAAGAAUGGAAACGCAGACGAGAAAGAGGGGUUCGGAUCAGUCAAGGGGGGCUCCAUAUAGGCGCAGAUAUUAAGGUUUAAAAUUGGUUUGCGAAAAAAAAAAAGAUUAUUUUGGAACGAGUUUAAUCUAUAUUAUCAUUUUUUUCUCCACAAUCUCGGAAGU